AUGUCUGGUCUCAUGGACAAGGUCAAGGAUGCGGGCCAAGGCAUGCUCGACAAGAAGUCGCAGCCAGGCGAUGGCGUUGAGCGCAAGGCGGACGAUGGCGCCAACUCGAAGAUUGACGACGUUGCCAACCAGGCUGGUGUGCCUCAGGGAGACGACCAGCAGAUUGACAAGGUCGCCGAUGCGAAGGUCAACAGCGACAUUCCGUUUGGUAACAACUGA